AUGCGUUCCCGUCGCCGGCGACGUUCUCGCCGAACCCGCACCUCGAUCGCCGUACCCGCACCUCGAUCGCCAAACCCGCAGCUCGAUCGCCGAACCGGCAGCUCGCGACACCCUCUUAGCGCGUCACCCGCGUCUCUCCUAAUACCCCGCUGCGUGCCUCACCGCUUAGCGCCUCACCGCUUAGUGCCUCACCGCUUAACGCCUCACCUUCCCCUUAUUUCCCCCUCUACUCCCCCUCGUUCCAGCCUCUCCUUCCCCUUAUUUCUUCCUCUGCUUCCCCUCGUUCCCCCCUCUCCAUCCCCUUAUUUCCAACUCUACUCCCCCCUCGUUCCCCCUCUCCUUCCCCUUGUUUCCCCCCCUGCUUCCCCUCGUUCCGCCUUCUCCUUCCCCUUAUUUCCCCCUCUGCUCCCCCUCGUUCCGCCCUCUCCUUCCCUUAUUUCCCCCUCUGCUCCCCCUCGUUCCCACCUCUCCUUCCCCUCGUUACCCCCUCUGCUUCCCCUUAUUUCUUCCUCUGCUUCCCCUCGUUCCCCCCUCUCCUUCCCCUUGUUUCCCCUCUGCUCCCCCUCGUUCCCCCUCUCCUUCCCCUUGUUUCCCCUCUGCUCCCCCUCGUUCCCCCUCUCCUUCCCCUUGUUUCCCCCUCUGCUUCCCCUCGUUCCGCCUUCUCCUUCCCCUUCUUUCCCCCUCUGCUCCCCCUCGUUCCCCCCUCUCCUUCCCCUCAUUUCCCCCUCUGCUCCCCCUCGUUACCCCCUCUGCUUCCCCUUAUUUCCCCCUCUUCUUCCCCUCCUUUCCCCUUAUGCUUCACCUCCUUCCCCCCCCUGCAUGCCCUCCUUUCUCCACCUGCUUCCCCUCCUUGCCCCCCAUGCUUCUCUUCGCUUCCCCCCGCAUCCCCUGUUUUCCCCUGCUUUCCCCCCCUUGCUUGCUCUCCUUCACCCCCAUGCUUCACCUCCUUUCCGCCCCUCCUUCACCUCCUUUCCCUCCCUGCUUCCCCCCUUUUCCCCCACGGCUUCCCUUCCUUUCCCCCCCUGCCUCCUCUCCUUUCCCCCCAUGCUUAUCCUCCCUUCCCCCCCUGCUUCCCCUCCUUUCCCCACCUGCUUCCCCUAUUUCUCACCCUCCUUUCGCUCAUUUUCCCCCUCUGCUUGCCGCAAUGCCUCUCCACCCCCUUACAAUCCAAUCAGCUCCUUCGAGUUUGCUUAUUCUCUGUCCUCCCUUUUUACCCUGCUUAUGCUCCCUCCUCCCUUUGCUUACCCUCUCUCUUCCCCUCUACCCUCACCACCAGUACCGUGUUUACCGCCUUCGCUUUCCAUACUGAGGGAUCUCAAGUGCAGCAUGGAACAAGAUGGACCAGUCCUCUUCAGUCUAGGCUUGCAUGAGCUCCCACUGUGUGUUGAAAGUAGUUGA